UGUCCCGGUUCCAGACCGGACCUCGGUGAUCGCUCUGACGUCACAGGCGUCGGUAUAAAAACCGCUUUCAUCCGCCGCCGUCGGAACUUUUCAGGUCCGGAGCCGCGCGCGCCGCCCCGCCCCCUCCCGCAGCUGCAGCUCGCGCGCACACAGCCUGUCCAGAACAUGAAGCCGCUCCUGCUCCUCCUGCUCCUCUCCUCCGUCCUCCUCUCCGCGGGCAGACCGCUCCACCUCCCCGCCGGCGCGUUACAGGAGGCGGAGGUGCUGCGGUUCCUCCUCUACCUGCUCCCCCCCGCGGGGGACAGCGGGGAGGAGGCGCUGAGGAGCGCCGCGCGCCUCCUGAAGCGCAGCGAGGAGCCGCCGCUCUCCAUAGACCUGACCUUCCACAUGCUGCGGAACAUGAUCCGGAUGGCCAAGACGCAGCGCCAGCGCGCGCGCGCUCAGCUCAACCGCAAACUGCUGGACGAGGUGGGGAAGUGAGGCUCCGCCCACAAGACCCUCCGCGGCAUCCGAAGCUCCUCCAGACCUUUGCUGGUAGUUUCUGUUCGUGCGCUCGCGUCUCCAAAUCAUUUUUACGCACACGGUGCCAUUUUACGCAUCACGAUAACCGCCGGGGAAAAGCGAGUUUGGUGUUAAUUAAACACAAAAACGAUGGAAACCGUGCAAACGGAGACGGCAGACCCCACCCCCAACUUCCCCCACCACCCUGGACCGGAAGCUUCACCAUCAAAGACCCGCGCGUAAAUAUUCAGACCUGUCCGAUUUCAUGCGUAAAUGUCGCUGAAGAAGUUCUGAGGAUGUUCAGAUCAUCAAUUACAGAGGAACCCGAACCUUCAGACUCCGUCCAGCUCCGGUUCACUCCAGAAAGUUAAACGUUCCAGUUUCUGACCAAACCAUGACGCAUCAGACAAAUCCUGCGGUUUAAAUGUGAUCAAAUAAAACAGAAAAAUGUCACAAAGUGAAGAAUUUCUGCAUUUUUAGAACAAUAAUUUCCCCUUCAUGACUGAAACUUUCACAUCUGAAAGAUCAAAGAAGCUUUUGUCAUUUCUACUUUGUAAUAAAAAUAUGAACUUCUGGUCUUUACUAUUGUGCUGAAUGUAUGACUGGAUUAUCACUGAUUAUAAUCUGUAUUCAUCCGGAUUAUUUUCAAAUUAAAACUAACUUGAUAUUUUUAAAUCUCUGCAAAGAAAAUAAAGUUUCUGCUUUUGAUCUUCCAGCUGCAGAAAACA